GUCAGGAGAGGCCAGUUGGGAGGACAGAGCCCUAGUGCUCCACCGUCGAACUCUCGAGUGCCAGUAGACGUAUAAAAGCAACAAGUCGAUGUAAGAAACGCACUCAGUCACUCAGUUAACCGGUCAGACAUUCUAAUAAAGCAGUGAUGGAGGACAUGCUGUUUGACUUUGACCAAGAUGCAAACACAGACUUCGCCUUCUGGGGUCAAAUAGACCCCAACUUUCAGUUUCAGUCUCAGCUCGACUCGCUGCUGUUUGAUGGCACGGCUGUGACAGGUGAACUGUCUCCGUGGUCCUCCUUCGGGUGUCAGUCCGUGUUCCCCGAAGCGCAGCUCGCUUUCCCGGAGCUGGAGUCUCGCUCCCCGCGGCCUGAAGUGGACAGCGGAGCUGCAGACGAGGAGCAAGAGGAGCAGAAACUGGGGAAGCUCAGGCCGCGCCGCCUCGCCUCCAACCAUCACACACACCAUCAGCAUCAUCACCAACAUCAGCACCAGCAUCAGCAUCACCCGUACCGCGUCCAGCGCCACGCCGCCAACAUCCGCGAGCGCAAGCGCAUGCUCAGUAUCAACUCUGCGUUUGAGGAGCUGCGCUGUCACGUGCCCACGUUUCCCUACGAGAAGCGACUGUCCAAGAUCGACACCCUGAGGCUGGCCAUCGCAUACAUCGCCCUGCUCAGAGAGAUCCUCGUGUCCGGCUGCGACCCCAAGGCCUAUGUAGAUGAGUGCAUGAAGAACGGCUACAAAAAUCAGACCAACGCCAUCUGGAACACGAGUGAUCUGACAGCUCGUCUUUCUUGGAUAAAGUGGGAUUAGUUUGCGGGACAGACUCACUCGGCUCUGUGGAGAGAUCCUGCUUUCCCCCCCGCCUCACUGGCAGCUUGGCAUCAUGGCACACUGACAUCUGCACAUUUCUCACCAUGUCACACGUUUGCACUUGGUACCCAGGAUGCUUUUUAUAUUUUAAUUUGUUGUGAGCAAAGAAUGAGUGUUUUGCUGUGCCACUCCAGUCAUGUGUUAUGGAUGAAUAAGGCCAGGUUCAAGCCUUGGCAGUGCAAAGACACUUCUCUGUAGAUGAGAGGAUUGCUAAGAAUCUUGGGGCGCCUGUUUAAGUGUAUUGUUUGCGAUUCAAUCUGGUUGCAGGCUGAUGGGUGAGAAUUUGCAGCAUGCCCAUUGAGCACAUUUACAUGAAAGAGUAGUAUUGUUUUGCACUGAUUACAACUAAAACACUGUUAAAAAAAACAAACAUUAUUUAUAUAUUUAUUACACUUUCAAUUAUUUAUUAAGACUGUCUUAUUUAUUCAUUGUCUUUUCUUUGUAAAUGUGUUCAAAAUAUAUCUUUAAAAAAAAUCUGAUUUUGUUCAAACCUCAAUACCUCUUCCUCUAUUCAUUAAAUAUCCUAACAGAUGCACAUCUCAGUGGAGAGAGAUUUAUUGAUCGGAUGAAGUCAUUUCAUGUGAUUGCGAAUAAAACGGCCGAGCAUGUUUUUAUUAUUACUUCCCUUUAUGAAUCCAUAUCAUUUUUAAGGUUUAAUGGUAAAAUAAUUAAUGUACCUCUGCAGUAAAUGUGCAUUAGUACAGGUGCAUGUGUUUGCAUUGGCCCAGAAAAUUCAGUUCCACUAUCCACAUUGAAUUCACAGCUGUCCCGUGCGAGCACAUUGCCGAUCACUCACAAGACUGUGCUUGCUUUAGCAAUUUCCCUUUUAGUAAAGGCUAACUCGGGGGACCUCUCAGGCCGGACUCACUCCCCUUAACAGAAAGCUGGAGUGUGAGGAGGGACAUGAUUUGGUCUCUAGUUAACAUUAACAC